UCUUUCAAAACAAUACAAAAUACAUACAUUCUUAAACUUAAACCUUCCAUAAAUAUUAUAAUCCACUUUCCAAAAAUGGCUGACGACUACACUAAACUUGAAAAACUCGGCGAAGGCACAUAUGGUGUCGUCUAUAAGGCGAGAGAUACGAAGACUGGAAAAAUUGUUGCGUUAAAGAAGAUUCGACUGGAAGAAGAAGAAGAGGGAAUUCCACCGACUUCGAUUCGCGAAAUUUCACUAUUGAAGGAAGCCACUAAGAACAGUAAUAUCGUGAAGCUUUUGGACAUUGUCAACCAGGAACGAAAAUUAUGUCUCGUAUUUGAAUUAUUAAAAAUGGACUUGAAAAAAUACAUGAAAGGGCUUCCACCAGAAGGAAUGGAUCAAUUUACAAUGCAGAAAUUUAUGUAUCAACUCCUUGAUGGAACGCUGUUCUUGCACAUGCAUCGUAUUUUCCAUCGCGACUUGAAACCACAAAAUUUGUUGAUUGACGAAAAUGGAGAUUUGAAAUUAGCAGACUUCGGAUUGGCGAGAGCUGUUGGUGUCCCUAUGAGACCAUAUACUCAUGAGGUUGUUACUCUUUGGUACAGAGCUCCUGAAAUUUUGCUAGGCUCUAGAGCUUACUCUUUUACUAUUGACAUGUGGAGUAUUGGGUGUAUUUUUGCAGAAAUGUCACUUUUGUCACCAAUGUUUGCAGGUGAUUCUGAAAUUGACGAACUUUACACAAUCUUCAGAAUUUUAGGAACACCAGAUGAAAAUGUAUGGCCAGAUAUUAUAAAUUUGCCUGACUACAAGCCGAACUUCCCUCAAUGGAGACCACAAUUAUUGUGUGAUAGCGUUCCAAAGAUGGAACCGCUUGCCAUUGAUUUACUUUCGAAAAUGCUAAUUUACGAUCCUGCUUAUCGAAUCUCUGCCAAGCGCGCUCGAUCCCAUCCUUACUUCAACACCUAUAUAUCUAGCCUUUCCCGCUUGUAAGUGCGCAUUUUUUUCCUAAAAUUAUUUAGAUCAUUUGCCUAAUAGUUUCAAAUAAUAUGUUUGAUACAUGAAACUUGAUUAAAUUUUUUAUUGAGAUCCCAAAUAUUAUAUUAGAUUGAAUGUGUGCUCGCAAUUAAUUGCUUGUGGGUAUUUGAUUCUAACUCAAAUUACCCUAAAGAUAUAAUUAAAUGCACACUACUAUUACUAUUUAUUAUUAUUUUUUAUAACUUUUUGUAAUUUUUUGUCAAUGACUAUUAGCUAUAUAUGAAUGCACUUGGAAAAAAAUUAAAAAAAAUAUUUUAGUUUUAAAAAAAGUUUUUUCAAAUGACUCUUUAAUAUGACAUCUAUUCACUAUAAAUGCAACACAUCGCGGGCUUAGUCUACCCUUUCG